AUGAUAAGGGAACAAUUUAUUUCCUCCUGUGAUCGUAAUCUAAAAUUGUUUCUUAAGGAACGCUCACUGGCGACUCUGCAGGAUCUUGAAGAGAGUGCAGAUCGGUAUAUCGAGGCUCAUGGUCAUUUUACCCUUAGGACUCCCCAACAAGCAACUGUGUCAAGUCAAUCGUCGGCGCAGCAGUUCGGGCAGGUAAAUGAGGGCAGUGACAGGAGCCCUCGUAAGGCACUAUCUUCGCCUCUUCCUCAGGUAAAAUGUUAUAUCUGUCAAAAGGGUGGACACAAGGCGUGGGAUUGCUAUUUCAGGCCCAAUAUAAAUAAAAGCAAGGUUGCAAGCACGUCAGCGACGUCCGGACCGACGAGGAAAGAGGCCGCGGCGGUAACAUCACAGGGAGCGCCGAGCAUCGCCGAGCACCCGCAAGACGACGCAUCGGAAGUUGUACAGGUCGACCCGGUGGGGGUGAUUGACGAUCACGGAUGGAUUAAGGUAAAUGGAAAGGGAUUUCGGAUGGCUUGUGGAGGAUCAGGAAAAGAUAGACAUUCGAAGUUAAUUACGAAACCGGGAGAAGUGGAAGGACAUAAAGUGACGGUAAUGAGGGACAAUGGCUGCACUACCGUGUUGGUCAAGAGAAGCUUGGUACCCAAUUGUAAGUUGACAGGUAAACACUGUGUUGUCAAGAUGGCUAAUUCGGAUGUAUUUUGUUAUCCGGAAGCAGAAAUUACGGUUAAGAGUCCUUUUUAUACAGGAACGACUAAAGCUGUUUGUAUACCUAAUCCUAUACAUGACUUGGUAAUUGGAAAUGUACCAGGCGUAAGGUUAGGAGAUAAUAACGGAAAACACACGUGUGGUGUAAUAACACGUGACAGACAAACGAAGGAAAGAAAACAACCAGAACUUAAGGUAUUGGCAGUCUCUAACAUGCUGAAUAUGACAAUCAAGCGAGCACAGCAAGAAGACAAGACUUUGGAUGGAGUACGGAAGUAUGCAGGGGAAGGUAAAGAAUUUUUUCGUAGAAAGAAAAAUGAAUUUUCUAUGUUUAUAUUAAAACGAGGAGUUCUUUACAGAAAGGUGAAAAUCGGUGACUUGGAGAGAGAGCAACUCCUUGUUCCCUCCCAGUGUCGCUCCGCCGUACUCGACCUGGCUCAUUCCAGCAUCAUGGGGGGUCAUCUGGCGACGGGGAAAACCAAAGAUCGAGUGAUGGAGAAGUUCUUUUGGCCCGGGAUAACUAAAGACAUUGAACGAUAUUGCAAAUCGUGUGAUGUGUGUCAGAGGACUGUUGACAAAGGUAAAGUACAAAGAGCAAAAUUAGGGAAAAUGCCAAUAAUUGGAGAGCCCUUUUCUCGUUUAGCUGUUGACAUUGUCGGCCCGAUUGAACCGCGGUCGUCUGACGGUUCGAGAUACAUCUUGACGGUCGUGGACUUCGCCACAAGAUACCCGGAAGCUGUGGCACUGCAGAACAUCGACACUGCAUCCGUGGCGGAAGCUCUGGUAAAUAUCUUCAGCCGAGUGGGCAUUCCAAGGGAAGUGCUAUCAGACCGGGGAACGCAAUUUACCUCGGCAAUGAUGCAGGAAGUAUAUAGGUUGUUGUCUAUACAGUCUAUUACUACGACUCCUUAUCACGCUAUGUGUAAUGGUUUGGUAGAAAAAUUCAAUGGUACACUGAAAAGGAUGUUGAAAAGAAUGUGUGUAGAACAGCCUAAAGAGUGGCAUAGAUAUUUAUCACCAUUACUUUUUGCAUAUAGAGAAGUCCCACAGGCAAGCACAAAGUUCUCGCCAUUUGAGCUUGUUUACGGCCACGCAGUGAGAGGCCCGAUGACAUUGUUACGAGAGCUGUUUGACGGCGAGGUGAAGGAACCCGAAACGAGGUCAUCAUACGAAUACGUUAUCAGUCUACGGGAAAGGUUAGAAGACACUUGUCGUAUGGCAUUAAAUGAACUAAAGAAUGCACAGGAAGUUGCACAAUAUUACUAUGACCGAAAAACUAAAGACAGGGUUAUAGAAUCGGGAGAUUACGUAUUACUACUGCUACCUACGAACUCGAAUAAACUGCUGUUUCAGUGGAAAGGUCCUUUUAAGGUAAUUGGAAGUCCGAAUCGACUGAACAAGAUAGUGGAUGUGAACGGAACAUUAAGGAAAUACCACAUAAAUAUGCUAAAAAGGUAUGUACAUAGGGAAUCGGCUGACGCUUUUCCAGCAGCGGUUGUGGUGGUGAACGACGAGGAUAAUGCGGAGGGAAGAGCGACGACAAUUCCCAGUUAUAACCAGCGCGAAACAUGGAAAGAUGUCUCGUUAGAUUCGGACUUGCCAGCCGAUCAACGAGACGACGCGAAAAGCAUCCUGCAAGCGUUUGGCGAUGUUCUCACCGAUGUCCCAGGUAAAACAACCGAAAUUGAAUAUAAUAUUGAAUUAACAGUUCCUGAAACGAUAAGAGUAAAACCGUAUCCUUUACCCUAUAGACUGGAGGAAGAAGUGAAAAAGGAAUUGCGUAGUAUGCUUGAGAUAGGGAUAAUUGAGCCUUCAGACUCUGAAUAUUCUACACCUAUUUUAGUUGUACCUAAAAAAGAUGGAAAUCGGAGACUUUGCUUAGAUUUCAGAAAGCUGAAUAAAAUUACAAAGUUCGAUGCUGAACCUAUGUGUGAUACAGAAGCAAUUUUUUGUAAGAUUGGCGGAAGCAGGUACUUUUCUAAAAUAGAUUUGACGAAGGGAUAUUGGCAAAUACCUCUUACGAAAGAAUCUAGAAAAUUUACAGCCUUUUCUACACCCGCAGGAUUAUUUCAAUUCACCGUAUUACCAUUCGGUCUCGUCAAUGCUCCAGCAGUUUUUAACAGGUUGAUGAGACAUUUAUUUGGAAAUAUAGAUGGUGUGGAAACCUUCCUCGAUGACAUCCUGAUUCAUUCGAAGACGUGGAAGCAACAUUGCAGCAUCUUGCAAAAGGUACUCGGGAUAUUACGGGAAACAAAUCUAACGGCUCGACCAGUAAAGUGCGAAAUAGGUAAGAGAAGUUUAGAAUAUUUAGGACAUAUGAUUGGAGAAGGACAUAUAAAACCAACAAAGGAAAAGGUAUCGGCUAUUCUUAAUGCCCCAGCUCCUACAACAAAGAAGGAAGUAAGGUCAUUCAUGGGGUUGUCAGGCUACUAUCGUCGUUUUGUUCCAGACUAUGCAACGAUAGCAGCUCCGCUAAACGACUUGGUAAAGAAGAACGCACCGAACAGAGUGAAGUGGGAGGAUAAACAUGAAAUGGCGUUUAACAAGCUGAAGCAAGUGUUGGUAAAUAACCCUAUAUUAAAACUACCCGAUGUUAAUAAAUCCUUUAUCCUCAGAACUGAUGCCUCGGAUGUAGGAUUGGGAGCUGUCUUGUUACAGGAAGAUGCUGAUGUGAAAAUGCCCGUAGCAUAUGCAAGCAGGAAAUUGUCGGACGCAGAAAAGAAAUAUUCAGUAGUCGAACGAGAGUGUUUGGCUGUCGUAUGGGCUACGAAAAAGUUUUACAGAUACUUGUACGGGCAGCAGUUUUAUUUGGAAACCGACCAUAGGCCUAUUACGUACUUGGACAGUGCCAAGACGCUGAACGGUCGGCUGAUGAGGUGGGCGAUCGCUCUCCAGGAGUUCCGGAUGAUCUUCAGUUAUAUCAAAGGAAGUGAGAAUGUGGGUGCCGAUUAUCUCAGUAGAAUUAAUGCACAUGACUCAAAAGAAAAUUAG